AUGGAGGACACAUAUCUUCUUAACCACCCAGGAGUGAAGAAGAAGAUCCUGGCAGGAGGCACAGGACCCCUCCCACAUUUCCCUCCGGGCACCAAGCUGGUGUUUCACUUCCAAACCCUUUUGGACGACUUUGAACGAACGGUUAUAGACGAUAGUCGCUGUGCAGGUCGACCAGCAGAGAUCUUUGUUGGAAAGAUGUUCAAACUGGAGGUGUGGGAGACACUGCUCAUGUCCAUGAGAGUUGGAGAAGUGGCUGAGUUCUGGUGCGAUGCAGUACACACAGGACUGUACUCCAUUGUCUCUAAAGGCAUGAGGCUGAUUGCUCAAGGCAAAGACCCCCUGGACGGCCAGCGGCACAUGUGCGGCAUGGGGAACGUCUUCCACUAUCACUCCACAGGCUUCCCAGAGCUGGAUGAGCUGAUGAGGACCCCCCAGCCCCUCAUCUUCAUCAUGGAGCUCCUACAGGUGGGAGACCCCAUGUCUUACCACAGGGAGUCGUGGAUGAUGGAGAAGGAUGAGAAGCUGCAGAUGGUGCCCAUCCUGCACAUGCAAGGCAACGCUCUGGUGAAGCAGAGGGACUACAGACAGGCCGCCAGCCGCUACAAAGAGGCCGUGCUCCUGCUCAAGACGGUCCAGUCCAGAGAGAUGCCUGGUGAUAUCGAUUACAUCAAUUUGGGCCGGAUGAUCAUCCCUCUGGAGCUGAACUACUGCCAGUGCAUGUUGGAGCUGGAGGAGUUUUAUGAAGUCAUAGAGCACACCACAGAGCUGCUGGAGAAACACAAAGAUUGUGUGAAAGGUUAUUACAAAAGGGCAAAAGCACACGCCGCGGUGUGGAACGAAAAGCAGGCGAGGAGAGACUUUAACAUGGUGGCUCACCUGGAUGUCACCCUGAGCUCGCUGGUGCACCGGGAGCUCAAGGACCUGUCUGAAUGCAUGAAGGAGAAAUACUGGGAGGAGAAGGAACAGUACUGGAAUAAACUGGAGAACAAGGAGAAGGAAGAAGAAGAAGUGGGUACAGCUCCUGAGGAAGAGGGAGCAGGUGAUGAAGAGCAGCGGCUGUCUGACAUGAAGCCGGCCGAGGGCAAGGACUGGCAGCAGAUGCUUCGGCUGGUGAUGCUGCUGCAGAAGGAGGGGAACUUCAUGAUCACGCAGGGCAAGUUCCAGGAGGCGUCGGAGAAGUUCCAGGAGGCAAUAGACUACGUGGACCAUCUGCAGAAUGAGCAGGUAGACCGCAGGGGAGACGACUGGGAUUCCCUGGAGAAAGUUCAACUACCCUUGGUUCUCAACCUCAGCCAGUGCCAUUUGGAGCUGAAGCAGUACCAGCAAGUGGUGGAGCUCAAUAACAAGUUACUCAAGAAGCACAAAGGUAACUUCAAGGCAAUCUACCAGCGGGCACGGGCGCACGCUGCUUUGUGCAAUGAAGAUAAAGCAAAGAAGGACUUCGCCACGGUGGAGAAAUUGGACCCCAACUUCAAGCCGAUUGUUCGCCAGGAGUUGAAAAAGCUAGGCGAGAGCGUACGCCUCAAGCAUUCAAGUCAGAACAAAAACUACUGGGAGACAACGCAGCAGAAAUGGGGGCCGGAUGGAAGCAAGGCCCAUGCGGGAAAACCGAAAAGUGUCAAAUUUGCGCAAGAGAACAAAGCAGAUGAAACGAUUCGAGUUGGAGUGGAGAAACUUCCAGAGGAGAAAACAAAGGCUUCUGAUGAGUGUGGGGGAGGUGCAGGGUUAGAUAAUGGGAAUAUUCUUGCGGAGGAUGCAGAGGCUAAUAUAGAUGCGGAUAAAGAUGGUGAACAGGCGGGAGAUGAGAGGGAGAUAACGCAUUCAGAGGCCACAGAGAAGGAGCAGUGUCGAUCCAGUGUCUUAGGACCAGAGAGUGUCACAGAGCAACACAGAGAGGCCGGUGAUCAGACAGGAGAUGAGAGAGAGAUCAGCCAUUAA